AUGAAGUCCAAGCACUAUGGUACUCAGAACCCAAGCUUUACAGUCAUGACCUUCCACCCAACCAUGCAAGAAUUUAAAGAUUUCAACAAAUAUAUUGCUUACAUGGAGUCCCAAGGUGCACACCGAGCAGGCCUCGCCAAGGUGAUUCCACCCAAGGAAUGGAAAGCCAGACAGAACUACGAUGAUAUCAGUGACAUCUUAAUAGCAACUCCCCUCCAGCAGGUGGUCUCCGGGCAGGCAGGUGUGUUUACUCAAUACCAUAAGAAGAAGAGAGCCACGACAGUGGGGGAGUAUCGCCAACUGGCAAACAGCAUAAAAUACUGGACUCCACCACACCUGGAUUUUGAGGAUUUGGAGCGAAAAUACUGGAAAACCCGUCUCUAUGAUUCUCCGAUCUAUGGUGCUGACAUCAGCGGCUCCUUGUUUGAUGAAAACACGAAGGAGUGGAACCUUGGGCACCUGGGAACCAUUCAAGACCUGCUGGAGCAGGAGUGCGGCGUGGUCAUCGAGGGCGUCAACACCCCCUACCUGUACUUCGGCAUGUGGAAGACCGCCUUCGCCUGGCACACGGAGGACAUGGACCUGUACAGCAUCAACUACCUGCACUUCGGGCAGCCCAAGACUUGGUACGCCGUGCCCCCCGAGCACGGCCAGCGCCUGGAACGCCUGGCCAGGGAGCUCUUCCCGGGCAGCGCCCGCACCUGCGAGGCCUUCCUGAGGCACAAGGUGGCUCUCAUCUCGCCCACGGUCCUCAGGGACAGCGGGAUCCCCUUCAGUCGGGUCACCCAGGAGGCUGGCGAGUUCAUGGUGACGUUUCCCUACGGCUACCACUCUGGCUUCAACCACGGCUUCAACUGCGCAGAGGCCAUCAACUUCGCCACCGCGCGCUGGAUCGACUACGGCAAAGUGGCCUCUCAGUGCAGCUGCGGGGAGGCCAGGGUCACCUUCUCCAUGGACGCCUUCGUGCGCAUCCUGCAGCCUGAGCGCUAUGAGCUGUGGAAGCGCGGGCAGGACCGGGCUGCUGUGGACCACACGGAGCCCACGGCCGCGGACAGCCGGGAGCUGAGCGCCUGGCGGGGCUUCUGCCCGGAGUCCCCAGCCAGCGGGCAGACGGGGUCCGCGUCAGCGUCUUCGGAACAGGAGGCUCUGCUCUCGGGGAGUCUGCUUCCAGGAGCCGACCGCCCACGCCGGGGCGAGAUGCGCCUCUCGGUGGGCGCAAGGGGCCCAGCUCCGGCCCUGGGCUCGGCCCCCCCGCAGUGCUGGCGACCGGAGCCCUGACACCUGUCGUUGCGCUAAAGCUCCCACAGCCCCGAGUCCUUGAACGGCGCCUGGACCUCGUUUCCUCCCAUCCCUCCCAGACUUUCCUGGUUGCCUCCUAGUGUCACGACGUGACGCAGGUAACAAUCAUUUGAGUUCUAGGCCAAAGCUGAAUUUGCAAAGCACUACUAUGUUUUGGACAGAGUUCUCCAAAAACGCCACUGAACUCUGCUGAAUUCUGGAUCCCUGGCCAUUAGCAGCCUAAGUUCCCGAUUUCCUUUGCACCUCUGAGCUUGUGGUUAGAAAGACUAGGUUUGGCAUCAACCAGGUUGGAAUCCUAGCUCUGUCACUCACGGCAACGUAUGGGCCCUUGAGCAAUUCACCCUCUCAGAGCUGCCGUGUCCUGCCUGUAAUAUGGGAUCCUAUGCCCACCUCACAGAUUGCUGUGAGGAUCUUCUUAGCUAAUGCUUUAAGCCAUCUUUUAACAGUGCCUGCCCAGUACUAUCAUAGGCCCAACUAACGGUAAUUAACAUUUUAUCUUGACUGCUCCCGUAGGGACCACCUGGGAAUAUGGGCUCUGCAUAAUCUUUGGAAAAGUCUAGGUCAGAAUGAGAAAGAUUUUAGAUGAGCUCUUAGAAUAAAAAUAGAAGAGAAAGUCCAAAGGACACCUAUCAUCACUAUCUGGGAAGGGGGCUGAAAGUCAUACUCAUGAUAUUAAGACAAGAGCUUUGUCAGGCACCGGAAGUGUGUCAGUGUGUGUGUUGCCUCCUUCCGCUCUCCUGCAACUGUAAGGAGUGAAGCCUUUGUUUUUCUGGAGCAGCGAGGAAAUGGGGAGGUAGACAAUUUUCUCUGUCUCCACCCAGGCUUGGAGACAGAAGAAGGAGAUGGUGUGUCCAUGAAGAGGCAGGAAGAUGGUGCUCGGUCCCUGGGAAUGCACAGUGGGCAAGAAAGGAGACUUGGCGAAGCCUGCCUGGGCCUAGAGGGGUCAGAUCUGCAAACUAACUACAGCAGAGACUCUGUGCCUUUCCUCAUCAAAUGCUGGUGAGGCUAUUCUGAGAGGGACUUGUUUCUCUGAACAGACAACCAGAACUGUGGGGAGGCUCUGGUGUCUGGCAAUGCCCAGCGUAGGGGCUGUGUGGGUUCUGCCUGCCUCCUGUUUGGGCUUUCGGUGUGAGACGGGCCUUGGGAUGGUGGGUGACACAGCAUCUUUGGGGUUGUGAGACUUGCCGUUGGCCAAGGAAGACAGUCAGUCCUGUGGGUGGAGAAAACUCUGUGGUAAUUGGAGUUACGGGGGACAUCUUGCAGCACAUAAGAUGCGACUUUAAAAGAUUUAAGCCAUUGCAGUGAAGACACCAGGAAGGGAGUUCGAGCACUGUAGUUAGGGCCUAGUCCUGGAGAGCAUAAAGCUUUCUGCUUCAGCUUCUACCACUACCUGCCUCCCCACCUCUCUGCAUUUCUGCACCUUCUGGCUACUUCAGCCCUCCCGUUAGGCCUGCUUCAGGCUGCUGGCUGUGACAGUUGAGCCAGGUGGCCUGGCCCUGGGCCACCCCCAUGGUGUCGCUGGGCUGCGAGGCAGUCUCCUUUGAUCUAACUCCAGAGCUGCAAAGGCUUGCCGACCUCGCCAUCACACAGACAGUGACUCCCCAGGGUGACUCCCGGGAAGGUUGGGUCUCUGCUUGUCCAGUACAGAUGGCCUCUGUCCUCGGUACGGGAAAUUCCAGGAAGGCUGUCACUCUGGAUAGUUAUCAUGACUCUCUAUUGAUUCCUCUUCCCUACUUUCUCCCCUGUAGCUUCUGACUUUUCUUUUCUUUUGUAAGGUUUUAUUUAUUUAUUCAUGGGAGACACAGAGACAAAGAGGCAGAGGUAGAGGCAGAGGGAGAAACAGGCCCCCUACGGGGAGCCUGAUAUGGAACUCAAUCCUUGGACCCCGGGAUCAUGACAUGAGCUGAAGGCAGAUGCUUAACCACUGAGCCACUCAGGUGCCCCCUGACUUUUCUUUUAAUGGUAAAGGAAAUAAAUGAUCUUGCUGUUGAGGUGGCUUCAUACUUUCUCUCUGUCUACAAACUCAGUUCAUCCGUAUACCUGCUCUGGAUGCAUAUGUGCAAAGUUGACUCUGAAGCAUAAUAUAUUUAGUAAAGCAAACCUUUCCCUAGUCACUGUUUUUCCCUUGCUAGCAGUGACUUAAUGGGGAGAACCGGACCUAGAGUCAGGGAAUGUCAUUUGGAUCUCUGCGGUGCCACCUCCUAGUCUGUGACCUGCAGCAAGAGCUCACUGAUUUCCUGUGAGCCAAAAUUAUAGUGCAAGAGUUCUGUACAAUGCUGUGGGAUGUCCUUGUGAGGGACACUUAGGAGGCACUCACUUCAUUUGGAUGUGCAUCAAGCACCCUCACUGCCUCUAGGGCAAGCACAAGGUCAGGGACACACUCUCAGAUUCUCUCUUUCCAAGCUGCUUGGUUCUACUGUGGUCCUCACAGGCUUACCGGUGACUUUUUUUUCCUUUUUUCUUUUUUUUAAUGGACUUUAUUAUUAAUUUUUUUGGAGUAGUUCACAGCAAAAUGAAACAGAAAGUACAGAGACCCCCACAUACCUCUUCCCAGCCCCCUCCACCAGCACCACACCAAUGGGGUACAGUUGGUAGAAUUGAUGAAUCUAGAGGCACCUGGGUGGCUCAGUUGAUGAAGCAUCUGCCCUAGGCCCAGGUCAUGAUCCUAGGUCAUGAGUCCCUGGUCAGCAGAGAGCCUGCUUCUCCCUCUCCCUCUGCCCUUCCUCCCAUUCAUGCCCUCUCUCUCAAAUAAGUAAAUAAAAUCUUAAAAAAAAAAAAGAUUGAUGAAUCUGCACUGACAUAUCAAACCAUAGUUCCAUUAGGGUUCACUCUUGGAGAUGUUCAUUCUGUGGGCUUGACAAACGUCUGAUGUCACGUAGAGUUUUACUGCCUAAAAAUCCUCUGUGCUCUGCCUUUUCUGCGCUUCCUCCUCCCAAACCCCUGGCAACCAUGGAUCUUUGUAUUACCCUCAUAGUUUUGCCUUUUCCAGAAUGCCACAUAGUUGACAUCAUACAAUAUGUAGCCUUUUUAGAUUGACUUCUUUCACUUAGUCAUAUACAUUUAGGCUUCCUCUGUGUCUGGUGGCUUCCUAGCUCAUUUCUUUUUAUUGCCAAAUGAUAUCCAUUGUAUGAAUAUACUAUUGUUUGUGUAUCUACUCUCCUACUGAAGGUCAUCUUCUAAGUCUUGGCAAUUAUGAAUAAAACUACUGUAAAGAUUUG